CCCUGGCUCCACGUGUUGAACUCAGCAGCCACUUCUCCAAGUGCUGAGUUGCAGGUUUUUUAAAAAUCCGCUCCGAUUGGUCCACAUGAGCACAGCUCUCUAAAGAGAAAGCAAGACUGUACUGAACAAUCAGAGCUGGGACCACGGUAACUUCAGGACACAGCACUGACCAAGGCACCAAAAGCUGUGUCCCAGGAAACCAGCUCCAGCAGCCUCCCAGCUCUUGCUCCUCUCCGGCACAGGCAUGUCCCUGUCUCCCCGCAGCCUGGCAUCUUUAGCAUGCUCCCCUCAUUGCCACUGAGCAACUGUAGCCGCUGCAAGGAGCUGAUCACAGCAGCUUUUCAUUGCAUCGCUGCUGCUUUUCCCCGCUUCUGGAUCAUUUCCCCAGAGGGUUGAGCAACUCCAGGUGCCUGUAGGAUAAGGAAUCGUCCUCUGGGAAGUGACAGGAUUUCCUGCGAAGCCAGAGCGGAGUGGGAGUGCACCUGGGAGUUGGCUCCUUGCUGCUAGAACAAGAAGUGGGGACUCUUUGCUUGCUUCCCCCAAGAGAGAUUUUUUUUCCCUUCCUUUUCCAGUUAAUUUGAAUGAAAGAGCAAGUGACUGAAACCACCUGGCUCCCACCCUCCUCUCCUGGUUCUUCUUUGCAGAGGCUCCUUUUUCCCCCGGCUGCUGAGACACAAUGGAGCUUUUCAAGCUGAGCCUGAGUUGUAUCUGCCUCCUGCCUUGGCUACAGGUAUCGGAGGGGCAAAGCUUCCUCAUAAAGAACAUCCGGUUGGAAAAAUGCAUUCACAUCACCCACCACGAGAGCACCGGGAUUGGCCUGGCUGAUUGUAAGCUCCACUCUCAGCAGCAGCAGUGGAGCUGGGACCCCAGCACCAAGUCCAUUGUCAGCCUUAAAACCAAACAAUGCCUGACUGUCCACAAGCCGCAGGACUUUGCACUGGCCAGGCUGGAGCCGUGUGGGGAUAGGAAGCGUCAGGCCUGGGCUUGCAGCAAGAAGGGUCACUUGACCUUGCAAGGUCUGGGCUUGCACCUCAAUACAAAGCAAGGAAGUCACAAGGUCUUUGUGUCAAGGGAGAAAGACAAGUUCAGCAAGUGGAAGACCCUGACGGAUGAACCCAUCUGUGCCGUUGGCCUGAUGGCGGUUGCUGGGCUGGCUGACCCGAUACAGAGUGUUACCAACGGGCUGCUGUGGCCUCACAAAACUAAAACCAUCAGUUCUUCACCAAAGAUCCAUGUCCCCUCGACGGCUUUUCCUCUGGAGUCUGCUACCCCAAGUCUGGCCAAUAAAGUGAACAGCACAGUCUCUCCACUGGAGAGCAAACCGAUGUAUUUAAAAAUGAAGGACGAGGGGCACAGAGGGAAGCAACACAGCCACCGAAGGAAAGCGGCUGGGCCUCGUCAAGGAGGCACCAACUGGAAGACAGCCAUGCUGGUCCUCAGUCCCUUAGCUUUUAUACUGGGACUAAUUAUACUGAUGCUGAACGUCCAUUACAACAAGAAGAAGAAGGUCCUCAACGCAUUGAAACACUACCCAGAGGACAGCAGUACAGCUGACUCAAAAGAGCGAUCUUCAUGUUUGGGGCCAGCAGGCACGCGGCAGUACGAGGUUCCAGCCUCUCGCUCCCCUUCCUUGAGGCAUGGGGAGAUCCUGAUUGAGUGGAAGGAUGGGACCAUCACUCCUCUUUUUGACCAUGCCGAAUAUCAAAUAGAUUAACUCUGACAUAAUGCAGCCGACAACGAUGCCCUCCAAUAAGAAACUCCCACUGGGAAUAAUUCAUCCUUUAGUGAAUUGUCGCAAUAGCCUAAAGGUUUUGAUAGGAAAGUUAAAAAAAACGACCCUUUUUUGAACACUUGGAGAACCAUCACGAUGUGGCACAAAGCUGUAGCAAGCAGAGCAGACUGUGCUGCUGCUUUAGAUGCACACUGCUUAGGUUUUCCAAGGGAUCACAUUUAAUCUGCAAAGAGACCUAGAGGCAAUGAAAAUGAACCCAAGUGCCUUGUCAGGAGCCACUGCCCUAAGCCUUCCUUCAGGGUCUAGUGCCACUAAUCCCACAAGCACAUUUUUCCUCCAAGCCAACCAUAACGGUGAAAAAGCAAAUCCUAGCAGGCUUUGAUUUUGCUUAUAAGUGAUAAACUGGAUCUCCUGACCUUUCUAGGGCACUAAAUUUCCUAUUCCUUGACUAGGAGCCUCAGUUCUUAUCUUUGACCUCCUGCAGCUAUGCAUAGGGCUCAAUGAAUGUGCACUGCUUGUACAUAAACAGGUGUAGGAUAUGAUACACUCAUUUUUGAGGAAGGGGAUCCUCCACUUCCCCUCUCUACUUCCCCUCUCAUUAUCAUUCAUUAUACUUAAUCUUGACCCUUGUUCAAUGGAAUUAGUAGGGUUUUAGUUCCCUUAUAGCAUCCACAGAUGUACACUGAUGUGUCCUUUACUUUCUCCUUUGACAUCAUGUGAGCAUGAAGCAUCCUGUGGAACACAUCAGGGGUAUAAACGCUGGCAGACGAGAGGUUCCAGUAAGUCAUGUCAAUUUAUUGUUCAGCAGCAUCAAAAGGAUUAUUCCCUCACUCAUCCCUCUCUCAGACUUGGAUGCCACUUUUCACUUUGCCCAGGAAAUAUUUUUACGGGGCCUUUGUGUUGCUUGGAUUGAUUGUUCUGCAGCUCGAUUCACUCAGGCUGUCUCAUAAGACGUGAACAAAGGGACACUGGAAGGUAAAACUAUCAAACGGAUAUUUCUUAUGUGUAACUCGUUAUUAGCAGGUGAAACUCAUUGCCGCAAGGUAUCACUGCAGCCAGUAACUUAACAGGACUCAGGAACAUGUUAAACGUCCAAAAAUAAAAUAGAAAUCAGAACACUUCCAGUUCAGCACAUAGGAUUGAAAGGGGAAACAAACAUUUGCUUGGAACAGAUUAUUCCAGACUUAUGUACUACAAGGGUUUGUACACCUUCCGAUGAAGCAUCUAGCAUUGAGAGCUAGGAUACUGGGUUAGACUGCUGAUCAGGCAGGAGCUGUGUUUCCAAAGGAGGUUUUCCUUCUUGCUGACCCACGGGUACAAGCUGGCAUUCAAAAUUCAACCCUAACGCUCAACCUUUGAAAAAACUUCUGCUGAGACAUGUGCUGGGUUGCAACGUUUAGCAUGUAUUUUAGAGUCAAGCUGUCAAGUGUCCAAGCAUCAGGUCCCCCACAAGAUCAGCGAGGACACUGGUUAUGUGCGCAGAUCCGAGGCAAUUGCAUGUGCCUAUGCUGAGCCCUGUGUGAGUGCACCUCAGAUGCCUGCACGUGAAAGCCAGGCCCUGGACACACAACAUUAACUUGCAAUUCUAUAACCCUUUUCAUCCCCCCCAAAUCCUCAUGCAGUUAAUGAAUGCACAAAUUCAGUGCCAUUCAAAUGCAGAUAUCCACUUUGGGUUCAGCUAAUACAGUGCUUUCUGUGUUGGCCGCUGUCUGCUCAUUAAGGCUGACUGGGUAGAAUGGAUUACUUGAUAAUGGCUCUGUAUCCUUGCUUAGAGUCUUGCCUGUACAUGCGAACAAAGCAAUACUAUUGUUUACAUAGCACUGAUUAAAUGGUAGCUGAGAAUAAUAAUGAAAAAAUACGACUGUGAAGCAGCACAAGUUUGUAGGUAGAUUCUCUCUUUUACUGGUGGACUAGUUUAAUCUUUCUGUUUUAUUGUUCCAAAUGUUACUAAUACAAUCUUUGUCCACCACACCCUGUCAAUACCCCAAUGCAAGUGGUUUUGAACACUGUGCAUAAUAAACAAAACUACGCUAAACAAAAAUAUGGAGUUACUGAAAUUAUUUCCUUUUUCAGAGACAGCGCACUACUGUUGUGUUUCUGGCCUCUGAUGUUCUGGCUAUCGUGUGUAAGAAUGUAACGCAGCAUUGCCUUCUACCAUGUGGAACGACAGACCUAGGACCAUAGGAUCCUAUAGGUGAACGACAGACCAGUUUCAAAUGAAAUUACCACGUUGCCUAUUAGUGUCUCUAGCCCGCAGGGGAGUAUAAUACUAUUAUAGCAGAGAGAUUCCACAUUGGCGAAAGCAGGACGUCCUGGGCUCAGGGUAGACCAGGAAGCCCAGAUCAGCAUAUGAUACCUGGAAGGCAUUCAAAGUGACAGAACCCAAGACAAGAUGCAACAAAGAAAGAGGAAGGGGGAGCUGGAAAUUCGGAUUAUGCACCUCUCUAACAUCUUCCACCCCAGCCUCUCAAAGCACUUUACAAACAUUAAACCUGUGACAGUAAGGAAACAAACUCGUGCUGCAGGCAGGGGAAGGGUGAAGCACUUGGGCCAAGUAACCGCAGGAGGAGCUGGAAACAGAGCCCAGGACUUAGCUCACUGUGUGUUGUACUCAAAACUUGACAUUCAAGUUUUGCAAUUUGUGUUUUAUUAUGACAAGUCUCCAUAUGCUCAUUUUUCACAUCAUUCGGGCAUCGCACUUCACAAGUCCUAAUGGCAGUCAUGCAGGAGAUCACAUGUCUGGUUUUCUAAGGAAGUCUGAGGUUGCUCAACACUUCUGCAAACUUGCCCGGCAAGGUUCAUUGUCCGUGUCAGGCUUUAAACACAGACAUCUCUGCCCCUUGUUACAACUACACCUUCUGCCUCUCUGCACGAGCUACAGGACG